GAAAGUUGCCUCGCAGCAGCACAACAUAAUACGAGAAAAAAAAAACUGCAGACAUGUUCCCUGGUCUUCGUCCGGCUUCCCCCUUUUCCAAUAAUGUGCAGACAACUGCCGCCAACGAUAUUAUCUACAACAAUGCUGCUGUCGGUCAUCAGUUAUCGGCCGAUCGCCAUGACAUGUUAGUUCCAGAUGUGUCACGGGUGCUUAUUAUUUAUACCGGUGGUACGAUUGGCAUGAAAAAUACGCCACAACAUGGCUACAUACCACUUCCUAAUUAUUUGGCUCAAUCGUUGUCAAGAGUUCAGCGGUUCCAUGAUCCCAGUAACCCUCACGGAUUCAGUAAUCGUUCGCGCAGUUCCUCGCACGACAGUCUUGAAAGUCUUUCGUCAAGGGAACAGUACAUCCAAGAAUGUGACAGAUUUGGUACCGUCACCAAUACUGUGAGGGCUGUGAAUCAAGAGGAUCCCGAGAAGAAGGAUAUUCUCACUUUCCACUUGCCCAGUCUCAUUACACCCGUCAGUUUGUACGGAAAACGGAUCAGAUACUCCGUUCUGGAAUAUGAACCGCUGUUGGAUUCCAGUAACAUGACCAUGUCCGACUGGGUUAGAAUUGCGGCGGAUGUUGAGGCCAAUUAUCAAUUAUAUGAUGCAUUCAUUGUGUUACACGGCACGGAUACCAUGGCCUAUACCGCCAGUGCGCUCAGUUUCAUGCUCGAGGAGUUGGGAAAAACCGUCAUUAUUACGGGAUCGCAGGUGCCUCUAACCGAAGUGCGUAAUGAUGCGGUGGAGAAUUUAUUGGGCGCUUUAACCAUUGCUGGUCAUUUUGUGAUUCCCGAAGUCACUCUAUACUUUGGCAAAAAAUUAUACCGCGGCAAUCGCACCAGCAAAAUCAGUGCCGUCGAUUUUGAAGCAUUCGAUUCCCCUAAUCUGGCUCCUCUCGUUGAUGUAGGCAUCAAUAUCGAUGUGCGAUGGCCGUUGGUGCUUCGUCCGACACAAAUUGCCAAGUUCCAAGCUCACAAGCAACUGAAUACAAAUGUCGCUUCGUUGCGACUUUUCCCCGGCAUCAAUGAAACCACGGUCCGUGCGUUUUUGGCGGCGCCGAUCCAGGGCGUCGUGUUGGAAACGUAUGGCGCUGGCAAUGCGCCCAGUCGACCGGAUUUAUUGGCUGCGAUCAAGGAAGCGUGUGAUCGAGGCGUGGUGAUUGUCAAUUGCACACAAUGCCGAAAGGGGUUGGUAAACGAUGCGUAUGCUACCGGAAAACAGUUGGCCCUGAUUGGCGUGGUGGCCGGUGCUGACAUGACGCCGGAAUGUGCCUUGACGAAACUGUCGUAUUUGCUUGGCAAAACCCCCAAUGAUCCGGACCAAGUGCGGCGCAUGAUGACCAAGAACUUGCGUGGUGAACUGACCAUUCGUACAGCGCAUCAACGCUUCAGCGCUUCCACCAACCGAACGCAUUCCUUGGUGGAGAUCAUGAUGAAUUUCGCUUCCCGGUUUAAAACGGCGGCCAAGAAAGAACUGGAAGGCGAAGCGGUGCCUGAUUUAACAAUGUCCAUGGAAGAGCAGUUGACGGCCGAACGCGCUCUAGGCCCGGUGCUUCUCUGUUCGGCGGCCGGAUCGAAUGAUCUCGAAGGCAUCACUCAGCUGUUUAAUAAUAUGGGCGGAUUAUUGAACCUGAACUGCGUCGACUACUCGGGGCGGGUCCCGUUGCACGUCGCUUGCAAGGGCGGCCACGUACGGAUUGUCGAGUUUUUAUUGCUGAAUGGCGCAUCGAUUCACGUACGCGAUCACACCGGACACACCCCGCUAUUCGAUGCCAUUGUGGAGAAGCGAUCGGAGAUUGUGGACAUGCUGAUAUCGGCGGGCGCUCACUUGGCCGAGACCGAAAUGGAUGAUUUUGGACCGUUGUGGCUCAAGGCGGUGAAGGACGGCGAUAUGAAGAUGUUGAAACUGUCACUCAAAGCGGGCUGGGACGUCAACUGGAGUGAACCCGUGGAAGGCCGACGAGCUAUCGACAUUGGAAUCUGCGAGGGCCGCGUGUCGAUCCUCAAGAUGCUUUUGUUCACAGACAAAGUGAAUUUGGCGCUGAAAGAUCGUUGGGGACUGACCGUCAACGACAAACUGCAAAUGAUCAGAAAGGCGCUAGAAACAAGCGGCAACAUGAUGUUUCCUCGCAUCUCCCAACAUACACUCCAAGAGAUGGAACUCCUCCUACAACCUAGAUUAGAUAAAAUGGUAGAAUAAUCGGUUUCUGAAACAAUGUAACCAUCCUGCAUUCAAAAUUAUCAUCACUAAAUACAACUGUAAACCUUAUCGGAAACCAG